AUGACUCUUAGCCUUGGGCCUUAUGAUUCUCUUAAUGAUAAGAAAACUCCCCCCGGGGCACCACGGUACACGGCGACUCCUCUCAUUUGUAGUCUGCGAUACCCUGCUGCCAGGCCUUUACUGGCCGGCGAGUAUCAGCACAUGGAGUACUUUCGGGUCGUGUGUGUUGGGGAAUUUUCUUUAUUUUUUGAGGUCACCGAGUGGGAAAACAUCAUUGUCCAGGGCACUCUCGCUGAACCAGCAUUGCAUCAUGCUGCCCUAGCAAUUGGGGCCUUGGCUAGCAGCCGUUACCAUCCUAGCGUAUGGCAAAACACCCCAGCGACCGUCUUUUCAAUACGGCAUUAUAGUAUGGCCAUCCAGGAUCUCCAAGGUCGGUUUGAUGGAUCUCCCCAAAGUGUAGAGCUUGCCGUCUUGGCGAGCUUUCUCUUCAGCUACAUCGAAUUUCUUCUAGAUAUCGAUAGUCGGGUCGAGAUGCAUAUUCAGGCUGGGUGUUCCAUGCUUGAGGACCUCCUCACGAGGCACGAUAUGACGCUCGCACUUUUGAGUCGGGCUGGAUCGAAUUGCGAGGUUGGCAGUUCAUCUACUAGGUAUCAUCUACUUGCUCGUGCUAUGUAUCAGGUCACUACACAAAUUAUGUCUUUGCGGCAUUUUGCUCGAACAAUAACAGUUGAUAAAUAG